GCCCGCCCGUCGUCGCAGCCCUUCCUGUUGGGAUUAUCUUCUGCUCCCCGCUGCUCCUUCGCUCCCCGCGGUCGAGGCCGCCGCUCGGCUUCAGCGGCUCGGACUCCUCCGCAGCCGGUGCCUCCUCCCCUACCUGGGCCUCGCAGCGGGGAGACCCUUGGGCGAGACCAUGAGGAAAUUCAACAUCAGGAAGGUGCUGGACGGCCUGACCGCAGGCUCGUCCUCGGCCUCGCAACAGCAGCAACAGCAGCAGCACCCGCCUGGGAACCGGGAGCCGGAGAUCCAGGAGACGCUCCAGUCCGAACACUUCCAACUCUGCAAGACUGUUCGCCAUGGAUUCCCCUAUCAGCCCUCAGCCCUGGCCUUUGAUCCCGUUCAGAAGAUCCUGGCGGUAGGAACUCAGACUGGUGCUUUAAGGCUCUUUGGUCGUCCAGGAGUGGAAUGUUAUUGCCAGCACGACAGCGGAGCAGCAGUGAUCCAACUCCAGUUCCUGAUUAACGAGGGAGCCCUUGUGAGUGCCUUGGCUGAUGACACCCUACACUUAUGGAAUUUACGUCAAAAGAGGCCGGCCGUACUACAUUCACUGAAAUUUUGCAGAGAAAGGGUUACAUUCUGCCAUCUGCCUUUCCAGAGUAAGUGGCUUUAUGUGGGCACUGAGCGAGGAAACAUACACAUUGUUAAUGUGGAGUCCUUCACACUCUCAGGCUAUGUCAUUAUGUGGAAUAAAGCCAUCGAACUGUCAUCUAAAUCUCACCCAGGACCAGUUGUGCAUAUAAGUGAUAAUCCCAUGGACGAGGGGAAGCUUUUGAUUGGCUUUGAAUCUGGAACAGUAGUCUUAUGGGACCUCAAGUCAAAGAAGGCUGACUACAGAUACACAUACGACGAGGCUAUUCACUCUGUGGCUUGGCAUCAUGAAGGAAAACAAUUUAUUUGCAGUCAUUCUGAUGGUACUUUGACCAUAUGGAAUGUGAGAUCCCCUGCUAAACCUGUACAGACCAUCACUCCUCACGGAAAACAGUUGAAGGAUGGGAAGAAGCCAGAGCCAUGCAAGCCUAUCCUGAAGGUGGAGUUGAAGACAACAAGAUCCGGGGAACCUUUUAUUAUUUUGUCAGGAGGCUUAUCCUAUGAUACCGUGGGAAGAAGACCUUGCUUAACAGUGAUGCACGGGAAAAGCACAGCAGUGCUGGAAAUGGACUAUUCAAUCGUUGACUUUCUCACACUCUGUGAAACGCCAUAUCCAAAUGAUUUUCAGGAACCGUAUGCUGUGGUUGUUCUCCUGGAAAAGGACUUAGUGCUGAUAGACCUUGCACAAAAUGGAUACCCUAUAUUUGAGAAUCCCUACCCUUUGAGUAUACACGAGUCCCCUGUUACAUGUUGUGAAUAUUUUGCUGAUUGUCCUGUGGAUCUCAUUCCUGCACUUUACUCUGUUGGAGCUAGACAGAAACGUCAAGGUUACAGCAAAAAGGAAUGGCCCAUCAAUGGCGGUAAUUGGGGCUUGGGUGCUCAAAGUUACCCAGAAAUAAUUAUUACAGGGCAUGCUGAUGGGUCGGUGAAGUUCUGGGACGCUUCUGCAAUAACUCUACAAGUACUAUAUAAAUUAAAAACGUCAAAAGUAUUUGAGAAGUCAAGAAACAAAGAUGACAGACAGAACACAGACAUUGUAGAUGAAGAUCCAUAUGCCAUUCAGAUCAUCUCCUGGUGCCCAGAGAGCAGGAUGCUGUGCAUAGCUGGAGUGUCAGCCCAUGUCAUCAUCUAUAGAUUCAGCAAGCAGGAAGUGCUUACAGAAGUCAUUCCGAUGCUUGAAGUUCGACUGUUAUAUGAAAUAAAUGAUGUGGAUACUCCAGAGGGUGAGCAGCCUCCACCUCUGUCCACCCCCGUGGGCAGCUCCAACCCUCAGCCCAUUCCUCCUCAGUCUCAUCCGUCUACCAGCAGCAGCUCAUCUGACGGGCUUCGUGAUAACGUACCUUGCUUAAAAGUUAAAAACUCCCCACUUAAACAGUCUCCAGGCUAUCAGACAGAGCUAGUCAUUCAGUUGGUGUGGGUGGGUGGCGAACCCCCGCAGCAGAUCACCAGCCUGGCACUCAACUCUUCCUAUGGACUGGUGGUUUUCGGCAACUGUAACGGCAUCGCCAUGGUUGACUACCUCCAGAAAGCAGUACUGCUCAACCUCAGCACCAUCGAACUUUACGGCUCAAAUGAUCCUUAUCGGAGAGAACCUCGCUCGCCCCGGAAAUCUCGACAGCCUUCAGGAGCGGGCCUGUGUGAUAUCACCGAAGGGACUGUUGUCCCAGAGGAUCGCUGCAAAUCUCCCACUUCCGGUUCUUCAUCGCCACACAAUUCAGAUGAUGAACAAAAAGUGAAUAAUUUUAUAGAAAAGGUGAAGACCCAAAGCAGAAAGUUUUCCAAGAUGGUAGCCAAUGAUCUAGCAAAGAUGUCAAGGAAAUUAAGCUUGCCAACUGACCUAAAGCCUGAUUUAGAUGUAAAAGACAAUUCCUUCAGCAGAUCGCGGAGUUCAAGUGUAACCAGCAUUGACAAAGAGUCCCGGGAAGCCAUCUCUGCUCUUCAUUUCUGUGAGACUUUCACUCGGAAGGCUGACUCUUCCCCCUCCCCGUGCCUGUGGGUUGGAACUACAGUGGGAACUGCAUUUGUCAUCACGCUGAAUCUCCCCCCGGGGCCUGAGCAGAGACUCCUUCAGCCAGUGAUUGUGUCUCCAAGCGGUACUAUAUUGAGGUUAAAAGGUGCAAUCUUGAGGAUGGCAUUUCUGGAUGCCACGGGCUGCUUAAUGCCUCCUGCAUACGAACCCUGGAAAGAACACAACGUUGCUGAAGAAAAAGACGAAAAGGAGAAAUUGAAAAAGCGGCGACCUGUCUCAGUGUCCCCCUCCUCUUCUCAGGAAAUUAGUGAAAACCAGUACGCAGUGAUAUGUUCUGAAAAGCAAGCAAAGGUCAUCUCACUGCCAACCCAGAACUGUGCAUACAAGCAGAACAUCACCGAGACAUCCUUCGUGCUCCGCGGAGACAUUGUCGCACUGAGUAACAGUGUCUGCCUCGCCUGCUUCUGUGCCAAUGGCCAUAUCAUGACGUUCAGUUUGCCAAGCUUGAGACCUCUCCUGGAUGUCUACUACCUGCCCCUUACCAACAUGCGGAUAGCCAGGACAUUCUGCUUCGCCAACAACGGACAAGCCUUAUACCUUGUUUCACCUACAGAAAUCCAGAGACUCACCUACAGUCAGGAGACAUGUGAAAAUCUUCAGGAGAUGCUCGGCGAGCUCUUCACGCCUGUAGAAACACCGGAAGCACCGAACCGAGGGUUCUUCAAAGGCUUAUUUGGAGGCGGUGCACAAUCUCUCGACAGAGAAGAACUAUUUGGAGAGUCGUCCUCGGGAAAGGCCUCCAGGAGCCUCGCACAGCACAUCCCAGGCCCUGGUGGGAUUGAAGGUGUGAAAGGAGCCGCGUCGGGAGUGGUGGGUGAACUUGCCCGAGCCAGGCUGGCCCUCGACGAAAGAGGACAGAAGCUCAGUGACUUGGAAGAGAGGACGGCAGCCAUGAUGUCCAGCGCAGACUCCUUCUCCAAACAUGCUCAUGAGAUGAUGCUGAAAUACAAAGAUAAGAAGUGGUACCAGUUCUGACAACUAGAACUCAGUACAGCUUCAACCAGAAGGAAAGAGAAGUUUCCUUGUCGAUGUCACUGAUGUAUUUGGGGAAGAUAACGUAAAAGGGAUGCACUUUGCUGAAAACUUCUUUCCCAGCACAAUCAUGCACUGUUUUACCUCAGUCACACGGCUUUAACUGAGAAGACUCCCCAUGCGUGCAAACUGGAGCGUGUAGUGUGUGCUGGCUGUGCACUGAUGAACGGAGAACUGAGUGGGGUCACGCUGACAGGUGAACAUCCAGAAGAUGUUGACAAGUCCUGGAGGACUAUUCUGUGGAUCAUUCCUGUAUUAAACUUUCAUAUGCCAAAAGACUUUGUGCCGUUGUAUCUGCCAUCAGUGUUUGAUCCGACGUGGGGAGAGGCAAUAAACCAGAAGUUGUAAGUCCACCAAGGUCACUUUGUGUCUGGACUGCAUUGUGAGCAGCUGUCUGCACUCACCCUCUCUCAAACAGACUGCUAAUCGGUGUCAUUAGUGAAAAGGCAGCAAGCUGUCCCUUCUCGCUGGACUCUGCCGAAUGCUGGGCUUUCAGUAAUCAGAGCACACACACAGCUUGUGUGCGUGCGGGAUCCUCUUCUACUCUCAUCAUCACAUACUGUGUUCAGUUCCUAUGUUUUCAAAAGCAAAACAAGGUGAUGUGUCACUUUUCAUGGAAAAGUGUGGCGCAUAGCUGAGUCGCUCAUCUUCCGGGAGUUUCCAUGUAGUAGCCAUGCAGAGUGGAAGAGUGAGAGAACCUGCAUUGUGGUGAGGAGAAUCCGUCCCUGUCCUUUGUCCUGGUCACAUCAGUUCAGCUAAAAGUAGACCUGACCAACACAGUUACUGGUUAAAUUUGUAGAAAAGUUGAAAUUGGCUAAGUUUCUAAUUUUGCUUGAAAUUUUAUAAAAUGUUUAACCAAAUGUACCCUUGCAUUAUUUAAUUAAAAUUGCUAAAACAGCAGUGUUUUAUUAUUUCAGUAAAGUGCUCAGCUCCCUUUUAAAACUGCACUCCAUUCGCUCACAGUUCCACUACACUCAGGUGAUGAGCCAGUUUAAUCUUAGUGCACACACUGCUGCCGCAUGGAGAGCUGCAGGUGCCUCUUGUCCAGUUAUCCAAGAGUCUAGUCUGAUGAGCUACAAAAUAUCUCCCGUAGAAAACAUCACACUCCUGUACAUAUCCCUUUGACAUAUUAAAAGCAAAAAGGAAAUGUUGACGUCAGUCAGUCAUGAAGUUUCUUCUGUAACCAAGAGUGGUGUGCAUUGGAGGGUAAUGGCAGCCUAGAGAGGAUGCAGCCUAUACUGCAGUCAGGGGCUGUGAUUACUAAAGCCACAAAGGAAGAAGAGAAGGGAAGGGAAGUGGGGGCGUGAACUUCACACACUGUCUCCUGUGGAAGUCUGUACUGAGUCACCGUCCUUACGUGCAGGCAGGGCACAGGUUGCUGGGACUCGGGCUUUGCCCUCAUCUGUUGGAGAACUUAAGUCCCUGUAGGUCAUCCUCACUUCUCAGCCUGCCGCUUGCCCAUGUCUCUUUCAUUAAUAAUUCUUUUGUUUACAUUUUAUAAUGUGCACUACUGAAUAUAAAAGUUUACAUCAAAGUUUACUUUAAAUAGCAUCAGGUAAGGAUUAAAUAUAUGUGAUAAAGAGAACAGAUCAAGAUAAAAAUGUUUUUAAACUAUAAUCAUUUUUUAAAAUUUCUGAAUCUGUAGAAAGUGAAAAAACAUUCGUUUCAUGUCUGUUCUCUGAACAUUCGGCAAUUUACAAAUUGCUUAAUUUGCAUUAUAUAUUGUCCAUUAAACCCAUGUUCCAUGGUACCUCACUGGAAGAAUUGGGACCUUUCUUAAAGGUAUAGUUUUAUGAAUAUCGAUAGUCGAGAGUUUUAAAAAGUUGAAAAGUACUAAGUACCUAACACACUGCUUGACUCUGUGUGGAGCCUCAGCUGUUUAAUUUGUUGGGUUAUUUGCAUAUCAGAUUCUUUUCUACUGUCAUUUUAACCGCUGUAAAUAGAUGAAUCAAAGUUGUGUUUAUUUACUAAUAGAGAAGUAGAGAAGUUUACCAGAGUUGGAUUUUUAUAAGAACAUUUUAAUUCAUUUUAAAUUAUUUGUUUUUUAUUUUAGUUGAUCUACAUAUUGUGCACAACAGUCUAAGAGACCAGUACUAGAAAGUACAAAGUAUUUUUAAGUAGAGAAAUUGAGCUUCCCAGAACUGCACUUGAUUAUGUAAAUAAGACAGUUCACAGUGAUAACUGGCCCAGGGGAUGGACUGUAGUCUGAAAUAGCCUGCCUCCUCCCAACCCACUCCUGUCUUUUUGAUGCAAAAAGCAGUAGCCACCAGCAAGCCAAAGUUUCAGGAACUUUAACAAUAACAACAAAAGGUCAAAAACUAAAAUAUCAAAAACAUAAAAGAGUGUGUGUGUGUGUGUGUGUGUGUGUGUGUGUGUCUUCUCUGUAAACUCAUUUGUCUUUGAUUCUAAAAUUCAAGUAUUCUUCGGUUAACUUUAUUAAUGGGAAGAGAUUUUCUCUAUGUACCACAUAACUUGUUUCAUUUUGCAAACUAAAAUCAGUCCCUGUUUGCUUAGAAUGUUGUUAUUUGAAGUAUCUCAUUUUGUCAAAAUCUUUAUGUGUUUGACCAUGGCAUCACCUUAAUAUCUGCUCAUGUUACGGCCAUACCACUUCCAAAAACUGGUUAGAGAUUUAACAAAACCUGUCCCUGAUUUGAGAUUUUCACAGGAAAAUACUGCUAUGUACAUCUGCAUAUCAUUGCAAGUAUGCUGCAGUUUUAUCCAGAAUGCUUCCUUAAGACCUCACUUAGAACAUCCUGUGGGUUCUUCUGCCGUUACUUCAGGUAGACAUUUGUGGCAGGCAGCAAGACGGGUCUGAAAGAGCACACGUGUUUAGAGUGUGGGAGAUGCUGGGAGACGGGUGAGGAACAGGGGGGUUUGUUCCAAGUUUUACCCUAAGUUCUGUAUUCAAAUCUUUGCUCAAGGCAUUUCGCAUGUGACAUUAGUAAAGCUAUCUCCAAAGGUUUUUGUUUGUUUGUUUGUUUUUGUAUCUGUUUUUCUUUUUUGUGGCAAAGAUUUAUUUUAACUUGGGGGAUUUUGUUUGUUUCUAUGUUUCUGCAAAAUAAAGAGCACUGAACUUUAAA